AUGUCCAACGAGAUGGAAAUCGACCCUCCGGUGGCGCAAGACGGCGCAAACUCGCAAGCACAUUCUGCAAGCAAUAUCGAGCCGCGAACUCAGACUGGAGCGGUAGCAGUCCGCAGUAUCGAGGGUUGGAUCGUGCUGGCGACCAACAUCCACGAGGAGGCUUCAGAAGAGGACGUCACGGACCUGUUCGCCGAGUAUGGGGAGAUUAAGAACUUCAACUUGAAUUUGGAUCGUCGGACUGGAUACGUUAAGGGAUACGCGCUGAUCGAGUACGCGACCCUUCCCGAAGCCAGCGCCGCAAUCAAAGCUCUCAACGGUGCGAAACUGCUCGACCAAACGAUCCAGGUUGACUACGCCUUUGUUCGACCUCCGCCAUCCGCUAAGGGCAAGGGCGGAGGACCCAAAGGCCCUCGUGGCGGCAGGGCACGAAGCAGGAGUCGCGACCGGAGCCGUAGCCCGGUGGACAACGGCAGAGCUUAA